AUUGGAAGCGAUUUGCAUCCGAGAGCGGGAAAUCAUCUUGUAGUUCGAGUUUGUGAAGAGAGAGAGGUUGCGAAUGGCAGGAGUGGUGAAGGCUGAUAGGCAGCAGGAGGUCGUCUCCGUUGAGCUGCCAGCUCCUCGUGGAUGGAAGAAGGAGGGUGAAGGCUAGAGAAGGUUGUGAAAAUAUACCAAUGAAGCUUCUUGCAGCUAGGAAUAUGCUAGGAGACCGCAUUCAGUAAUUUGGCAUUUUUGGCACUUCCUCAAUGAUAGCAGAUAUAAACAAGAGGAAGGAGUCCUAAGUUUCAGUGCAAGACUAUGAAAUGGUUAAAGCUGAAUACGUUUACUCCAAGGAAGGCUGGAACUCCAAAGAGGAACGAGAUAGUUUUUAUUUCUCCAACUGGUGAGGAGAUUAGAAACAAGAAACAGUUGGACCAGUAUAUUCGAUCCCACCCUGGUGGCCCUUCUUCUUCAGAAUUUGAUUGGGGAUCUGGUGAUACCCCAAGGCGAUCUGCUAGAAUUAGUGAAAAGACAAAGGCAAUGGAGACUCCGGAGGAAGAACCUCCAAAGAAGCGAGGAAGGAUUUCAAGCUCAAAGAAGGGAACCAGACAGAAAAAUGGUGUAGAUGAACAUGUGGAGGAUGAGGCACCAAAAAGUGAGGAGGCGGUAGCUACAAAAGCGGCAGAGAAAGUAGAAGGUGAUGUAAGAGAUGCUGUUGAUAGUUCAGUAAAAGAAGGCAAGGAUGACGCUUCUGCUGCUAAAGUUAUUUCGGAGGAUAGUUCUUCUAAAAUACAUUCAAAUGAAGGAACCAAACAUGAGAAAGAUGAUAUAAAUGCAGAUGUAGUAGAGGAUGAAGCACCGGAAAGCGAGAAGACUGCUACAGAUACAUUAGGGAGAGUAAAUGAUGCAGAUAUGAAAGAUGCUGAGGAUGAGGCUGCUACUAAAGCUAUUGCGGUGGAUAGUUCUGCUAAGGAAAAUUCAAAUGAAGGGAACAAACUGGAGAAAGAGGUAGAUUAUGGGGCACCAGAAAGUGAGAAAGGUGAAGCCACACAAGCACUAGAGACUAUAGAAGAUGUUGAUAUGAAAGAUGAUGUGGAGGGUUUAGUUAUAGGAGCGGAAGAGGCUGCUGCUAAAGUUAUUUCGGGCAAUAAUUAUGCUAAAAUUGAUUCAAAUGAAGGCACUAAACUGGAUGAAGUAGAUGAGGCACCGGAAAGUAAGAUAUCUACACAAGCACCAAAGAGCUUAGAAGAUGUAGAUCCGACAGAUGCUGAGGAUGCUUCUGUAAAAGAAGAGGAAGUUUCUGCUGCUAAAGCUAUAAUUUAUUCAAAUGGUAAGCCUGUGGAAGCUAAUAAAAAUGACGUGUAUCAAGAAUCUGCAGUAAAUCUAUCUGGAAAGGAAGAAAAUGAGCAGGAAAAACAGGCACAUGGAGAGCAGAGUAAAGACGCGACUUCCUUCCUAAAUGAUAAUUACAAAGGCGAGCAGGUUUCUCCUUCCCAAGCUAUUCCCACUGC